CGCGACGGCCUUAGCGCGCAGACGUGUGUAGUGUGUGCUCAUAUUCUUCGUAUCGCGAUGCAGCGUCCAUGGAGAUGAGCGCGCGCGGUGCAUCGCUCCGUCUCGCUCGCACUCUCCCCGUCCCCCUCCCGCGCGCACGAUGACGCGCCGCGCUCUUCUAACCACGCUCUAUUGCACCAUUCUUAUUGGCUUCCUUCCCGCUGUAUACUCCGACAGGAGUAGUUCUGAACGCUCCCCUGCCCCCCUCGACGCGGCAGAGCUUCUCCGUGAUGCUCCCCUUUACCCUCCUCUACGUGACUCUGACCACUAUGUAGAUAUUAAUAACCUCGCGAAGAGAAACAUCAACGAAGAAAACAACGACAAAGCAAAAAGUGAUUUAGUCCCAGAUUUUAAUAGCGACGAUUUGCAACCUUUUUUUGACACAAAUGAGUUUAACGAUGAGGAUUCUAUUGAAAACACUGAUGUAAAUGAAGUGCACGGUGUUGACUACGAUGAUCCUGAAACUAGCAUCGAAGACAGUAGCAUUCUAGUUACUCCUGAAGAAUCUACAUUCGGUGAAUUUGAAACAAAUUCAAAUAAAAUUGUUGAAGUUCCUAAAUUAUAUGAUGAAAAUAAAUAUGAAAUCGAUUAUACAGAUAAGAGUAAAUUAUUUGAAAAUGAUUAUAAUGAUGUUACUACUGCAGGCAUGGUACAAAACAGAAAACUAACGGGUGACGUUAAUAAUUCAAGAAAUAUUUUCUCCGAUGGUACUGAAGAAUUAAAAGAAUCAAAUGGUUUUAUAGUUGCGCGAGGUUCCAAUGUAGACGAAUUAAAUAAGAUUUUAAUGGCAGAAGAAAGCAGAGUUCAAGACGACAAUAAAAACUUUGCUUUCGACGAAUCGUUGAGAGAAACAAUAUUAGGGUCUAUACCCCAAAAAGUAACCGAGGAUGAAGAUAUUAUUGAUCGCCAGAAACGAAGCAGCGGACAAGAAUGGGAAAAACCAACUAAGUCACGUCGAGUUAAAACCGGUGACACAAUCCUCAAUAUCCGCGGAGCAGUCCGCGAUGCUAUUGGUGACGCAGGGGCAGCUCCAGGCAUGCGAGCGUCAUCACGAGUGGAUGCAUUCGUGAUCCGUCCCGCACCGGCUAUGAGAGAUGAGCCCAGAGAUCAGAUGAGGGAGGCUAGAAGAGAUAGAGUAUCUGCGUCACCGCCUCAGCCGCUAAAACAAGAACGGGAGCUACUCGUGGAGCCUCACGCACACGCUCGAAUACUGUGUGAUCUCGUCAACGUCACCAAUCUGCGAUGGUAUAAAGAUAAUGAGCAAAUCAAUCUCCCGUCUUCGCCUGGUGGAGGAGAGUCAGCCUGGAGAGAAGGCGAUGCCGUGGAAAUACCGCGCGCCUCUCGCGGCCAUGCCGCGCGCUGGAGGUGCUCCGGUCGUGACCGGUCCGGACGCACCGUGACCGGUGAACCAACGAGGCUUCUCAUAUAUGAACCUGUGCGGUCAGUCUAUUUGGCAGUGGACGGAAGACGUCUGGACGCUGGUAACACUUGGGUGCCGGUGCGGGACAAGACCGUGCUCGAAGUUAGAUGUGUGGCUGAAGGUGGGGUUCCUCCUCCGGAAUUAUCAUGGCGUCUUUUGGCUUUAGAACCGGCUCUAGAUCAUCGACCGUAUCUUCGCAUACAUCACACCAAUUAUACCAUCGAAGGCGUAUCGUGGUCGCGAGUGGUCGUAACAGCGGCACGAGAACUUCACAACGCCACGUUACAGUGUGAGGCGAGACAGCGCCGUCCGGACACGCCGCCCGCGCCGGCGCACGACGUGCUCACAGCAAAACUCGAAGUUCAUGUCACUUAUCCGCCGUCAUUCGUGAUCUCACGGUGGCCAGGCUUCGGGAUAUCACUCUCUGCUGGUGGGGCUGCUGCUUUGAGAUGUGACGUGGACGCCAACCCUCCGGCUAGAGCAACUUGGAUGAGAGACACUGACAGACCUUCUAGUUCACCAACACCUCUGGAAGUUGGCGCUGAAGAUGGUGCGUCUCUGGGUUCUGCCACGCUCCGCUGGGCUAGGCUGAGGGAGUCCCAUGCUGGGUGGUAUCGCUGUCGAGCACGAUGGAUGGACACCGAGUACUCUUCCAUUGGAUACUACCUUAAUGUACUGCCAGCUGUAGAUGAAAACGCACAAACGACGGAAUCGGACGCUAACGACGAAGAACCAGAUCAUCAGAAAGUUGAAGUGCCCUUGGGAGGGAACGUUCAGUUACAUUGCCCUAAAGGAAGCGUGGGGUGCUGGUGGAGACGAGUGGUCGGUAACUCAAGUGAGUCGUGGGCUCCCGCUGGUUCUCAUCAUGCGCACGGCGUUCUGGGUAUUAAAGAAGCCUUGUACGAAGAAGGCGGCGAGUACCGGUGCGUGGGAGCGCGCGCGCCGGACCUCAAGCGCUUGAAAGAAUUAAAGCGAGUGACGCUUAAAGUAACAGGCGGAGCCACAGCAACUGCCGUAAAUGCUGAUCCUACACCCAACGGUUGGCGGCUAGAAUGUGGUGCUUGUGGCCGUAACCUUCGCGUGCUAUGGCUGAGAGGGGGUAGAUCCACACCCGCCAUCCUCACACCAGAUCUGGCUCAACAUUGCUGGAAAGCAGUGCUCUUAGUACCGGAACCUGAUGAGGUCUGGUGCGUAGCUGUAUCGUCUAACGGCGGUGCGGUUGCAGUGUUUCCCAGGAGGUCGAUACAGACCUCUCCCUCACCAGCGCGACACGCGGUGAGAGCUUUACACGGGAACGCGUCUCAUCCGACCGUUAUACCGGUAUUGUAUAUUUUUGCGCUAAUCAAUGGACUCUUGUCAAUUUAAAUAUUUGACUUUCUGCUGUGAAGUUGUCAUUAUCAAGCGUUUUUAUUAGC